AUGGCUUUCGAGGGCACCAACGUCGAAAACAUCAUCGCAGCCAUGCCGCAUCCAUCUAUCGCAAACGCCAGCGAAGCGCAUCGAUAUACCUACUCGCCGCCCAGUCGGCCCGGUACGACACAGUACUUUGAUGACAAGAACCGGAUAUUUACUGGACCAAGGACCGUUAUGAAUCUCUUGGCUACUGCUACUUCAUCCCUUGGUGAAAUACUGCCGCUGGAUCUGCCGUUCAACAAUUCCGUUUACGCCGUCGAUUUCUAUGCUCCGUUAAUCAGAUGCAGCCAGGCCAAUGAGACGGAAGAGCAUGCUAUCGACGCUUUCCUGCAAGAGGAAAUGGCAACAGUGGAUGGUACACUCAUAGAGACGGAUAAUGCGUACUUCAGCUUCGUGCCAACUCAUAAUAGCACCGGAGGCCUCACAGCAGUUUCGCAUCCUCGUCAACACGUACCUUCGAAGCCAAUGAACGAGCUUUGGAUGACGUUUCUGCGGCCCAUUAUCAACGACCAAGGCGAGCGGGUCAAAUUACGCCAGUACCAGAUCUGUCGACCUCACAACGCGUCGUACAGUUUGGAGAUCUCGCAGUAUCAUGGGCUACAGAACGUAUCCGGCAAAUACGAGGUCGGAGAAACGAUCUCGUUUCCAGACGAGGGACCUGAUGAGAUCUCCAACAUGACUCAUCAUGCGUACACGGCAUUCAUGUGGGUUAUGUGCGACCAACUGGUCGGCAAGCUAGCAUGGCUUAAGGACACGAGUAUCUCAGACAAACAAGCAGCAGCUCAGUACGGUGUCAUCGACUCGCCUAUACAGCGUACUAGUCUGUUGGGCUCUGCCGAUCUGGAUGCAUACUUCGAGUUCGACGAAGAGAAGGUGUUGUACAAAGGGCAGAAUAUGUCAACAGCCUUCAAGCUCAGUGAUCAGAGGCUACAGGACAAAGCGAUGGCGAGAAACCGGACAUUGGACGUUCUCAUCGAAGAAUUAAGUUUCAAUCUGACGGUCAGCAUGAUGCAUAAUCGGCUACUAACCAACAUGGCCAACACAGCCGUCAAACUCACUACCGACGUGAAUCGCUACGACUACAAAGCCUACGGGCUGUUCAUCCCCUACGCCCUCGCCAACGCCUUCGCCAUCAUCUGCGUCAUCCUUGGCUUGACAUCCUACGUUCGCGAUGGCGCCAUGCCUGGCAAAAAGAUGCAGGACCUCGUGCACGCUGCACGCAAUCCCAAGUUCCACAACAGCCCCUCCCUAGGCUCUAGAACAACUAGCUUGGGUGCGAGCGUUGGUCCUGAUGGAGUGGAGAUGAGGAUAGCAAUUCCGUGCCAUGUCAUGCGCAGAGUCCGACUACUUGGCGAUGUUGUGCCAAAGCACGCCUUCACCAAGACUCGAGCCGGAGUCGCGAUCCACUCGCAAAAGAUGCGCAACAAGUUUAGUAAGCCUCCGGCGAUCGAGCUUCAUCCCAACCUCAAGUCUGGCAAAUCACAGUGUGGUAUAAAGUGA